AUGGGGUUCUUCGGAGCCCUACGGGGCAGUGAGUACCUAACUCCCAGCGCCAGCGCCUACUCUCCCCGCCGCACGUGUCUCCGCCGUCAUGUCACCACUGACAAUGACGCCCUCACCCUCACCAUCCCGGCCUCCAAAACCGACCAAACCGGAAAAGGACAUGUCGUCACGUUACCCCGACUCCAAGGAUCGGCCUGCCCUGUUCGCGCCAUGGACCGCUACCUGGCCUACACGGGUCACCUCCCAGCCGACCUUCCGCUCUUCACCCUGGCAUCCGGCUCUUACGCCACCAUUUCUUGGCUCAACAACUUGCUGAAAACCAAUCUCUGCUCCGCAUCCGGAAAACUCACCACCCACAGCCUCCGCAUCGGGUUCGCCACCGCUGCGGCCGCCACAGGCACACCCAACCAGACUAUACAAGCGUCCGGCCGGUGGCAGGGACACACCUAUGCGUCCUACAUACGUGGACCCCGCCUCGACGUCCGGCGUGCCUGCCUCGCCAUAGACGCCGCUCAUCGUCGGGACCGCCGCUCCCACUGA